AUGUCUGGUCCAAAUAUGCCAAGUUCUUUUCAAAAUUUAUGUACACAUCCAGGAGAAGACUCAUCGUUAUGUCUUCCCCAAUUUAAUCAAUUUCUUACACAAGCGUACAAUGGGAAUACCGAAAACGCCAAUGUUUCUAACAUAGAAGUUCCGAAUGAGGGAAACCCACUCCCUGACUUUUUCGGGUUCUAUGAAAGUAUAUUAAGAAUGUCAGUAGAAUCAUGUCUAAUGGCUCCAAAUCCUGAGUUCUGGAUGCCUUUUCAAGAUCCGGAGAGUUUUUUUCCGGCUACUGAAUCACUUCAACUCCCUGUUGAAAUGGAAGAGAAUCUAAAACCAACACAAUUUGUAGAGGAACAGAAGAAAAUUGGCUUGAUCACAGCUGAAGAAAGGAAACUCAAGGUCCAAAGGUAUUUGGAAAAAAGAAAGAAAAGGACGUUUAAAAAAAUCGUGACUUAUGAGUGCAGAAAAAGAGUGGCGGAUUCAAGAAUUCGGGUGAAAGGUCGAUUUAUUACAAAAGAGCAAGCAGAAAUGUUAAAAAGUCUUGAUGUGGAGAAGGCUUUGAAAACUGAAUAA